AUGUCUACAGCUCGCCUCCUCCACCAUUCUACUCUUCUUCGCCUAAAAUCCCUAACUCCCCCAUACUACUAUCCUUCUCCUAAAGUAGACUACAAGUCUCCACCACCACCAUACGUCUACAGCUCCCCUCCUCCACCAUACUACUCUCCUUCUCCUAAAGUAGACUAUAAGUCUCCACCACCACCAUACGUCUACAACUCCCCACCUCCACCAUACUAUUCUCCUUCUCCUAAAGUAUACUACAAGUCUCCACCACCACCAUACGUCUACAGCUCCCCAACUCCACCAUACUACUCUCCUUCUUAUAAAGUAGACUACAAGUCUCCACCACCACCAUAUGUCUACAGCUCCCCACCUCCCCACUCUCCUUCUUCUAAAGUAGACUAUAAGACUCUACCACCACCAUACGUCUAUAGCUCCCCACCUCCAUCAUACUACUCUCCUUUUCCUAAAGUAGACUACAAGUCUCCACCACCAUCAAACAUCUACAGCUCCCCACCACAACCAUACUACACUCCUUUUCCUAAGGUAGACGUCAAGUCUCCACCACCACCAUACGUCUACAGGUCACCACCACCAGAUUACUACUCCCCUUCUCCUAAAGUAGAUUAUUAG